GAUCAGGGUUUAACAGGCUCCUCUUUCCCUCUAUUCUUUCUCUGGGUCUCAGGGUUUAACUUCCUCCACCACCAGCCAAAAUGCUCCUCCUCCGCAGACGCCUGAAAAACGUGCAUUUUCCGGCAUGUUUCUACCUCCACCACCACCACCCUAACAGAAUAUUCUAUAAGCUACCGUUCUCUUCUUUAUCCUCUGCCCAGUCCCAGACCACCACCUCCUCAGACCCCACUCCAAAACCCUCUUCUCUAUCCGCUCGUAUGAGCUUUGUAUUCGAACAAAUCGACGCUAUUGAGAAGGAACGCUCCCAGAAAGACCAAACCCUGCAGCGAAUUCGUGCCUGGCGCGAAUCCAAGAAACAACAACAACAACAGCAACCCACGACAGACUUAAGUCUGGCCGAGGCCGAGUUGUCAGAAAAGAAAUUGGAAUUGAUGGAGGAAAAUGAGGUUAGUCAUAAGAAUGCUGGGGGAUUGUUGGAUGGUAAAAUAAAGGAAGUUGAGCUGGUCCAUCCGUGGCCUGAGUGGAUUGAGUUGAUGGAGAGAUUAGUGCAGCAGAAUUAUUUUGAUCAUAAGAGGAGAGAUGAAGAUGGUAUGAUGGAAACUGUGGGGUUCAAUUUAUCUGAAAUGGUUGAAGAGGAAGGAUUUGAUUUUACUAGGGAUUUCAAGACUGUUCAGACUGCUGUUCUGAAUUUUGGACGCGACCGGUUUGAUAUUUUGAGGUCAUUGUCAAGACAGGAUCUUCAAAUUUUGGUUGGUUAUGGAUGCCCUAGUGCGGACAAGAAGGUGGUUUUUUCUGCAAAAUUGUUGAGGAAACACGUCCACCUGGAUGAGGGAGAUGUUUGUAGUUCCUGCAGUUUGAGAAGUUCUUGUGAAAGAGCAUAUCUGCUUACAAAUAAAGAGGAUGAAGCCAGGACCAUGGAUGCCAUGCGUAUAUUAUUGACAUAUGGCUUUGAUGCAGUAAAUGGAUCAGUUGCAAAUAAGUCUCUUAUGAAGAUGAAAACUCUGAAGACUGUUGUACGCAAAUUAAUUCAUGAUGUGGUAAAGUUGAGUGCGGUACCAAUAGAUCCAAAUCUUCCACCUCCUGUUAUUAAAAAGCCUCCACCUAAGGUGAAGCAGCCACCUCCCCCUCCAAAGAAGCGCGUAGGACGUGAUGAUAUUGAAAUGAAAAAGGGCGAUUGGCUUUGCGUAAAGUGUGACUUUAUGAAUUUUGCAAAGAACACAGUGUGCCUGCAAUGUGAUGCCAAGCGUCCUAAGAGACAGCUUCUUCCAGGAGAAUGGGAAUGCCCACAGUGCAAUUUCUUGAACUAUAGGAGAAACAUGGUGUGCUUUCAUUGUGAACACAAGCGCCCGCCAGAUGAAUUUAUGGAGAGUCAAGUGCAAGAUAGGCAACACAGUCCAAGGAGAUUGGAGAAUAUUUCAGGCAGGCCAGAGAUUUCCAAUGCAUGGAAUUUUGAUUUUGAUGACAAUGAAUCUGAUGGGGCAGAUGUUGCUGCCUUUGAGUAUGCAGAUUCUAAGAAGAUGCAUGAAGAUUUUCCUUCAGAUAAGCAACUACAUGCAGGGGUUGCUAGGGCAUCCGAAGAUGGAUUGCACAAGGGUUACAGGUCUGCUAGAGAUACUGAUCCUGUCAAACCCGGAUUUGGAUUCAACGAUUUUGAUGAUGAAGAUGAUGAUGUGGAAAAUUAUGAACUUGAUACUCGGAAUAAUGCACAGAAGGCUUCUACUGUAGAUUUUUCUGAGCUUGAUGUUGACUCGUAUUCAGAAGAUGAAGACAGAACAGGUCAUGAUUGGACUCUUCGUCGUAAGUCCAAUGUCCACGCACAAAACAAGCCAUCUAAAUCAACACGUAGGGGAGUAGGUUUCUCUGGCUCUGAUCCUGAAAUAGAUUUUGGUACUGAUGAUGAGCUUCCUAUUCAUCCGAACUGGAAAUCUAGUCAUGUCAAUCAGAGAAGUAAAAGAAGAGGUGGCAUGAGUUUUGGUUCAGAUGAUGAUCUUAGCUCUGGCACUGAAUACACCAAUAAUGAUUUUGGAUCCAGGGAGAUGAAAGGGAAUAAAUGGAAGUCAAGUAGGAGUUCAAGAAAGCAAAAUAGUUACGACAGUGAUGAUGAACCAUUCUCUGAUUUAGAAUCCAACAAUGACGGCCAUUUUGACAAAGAUAAAUUUGGAAGUAGGAAAGCAAGCCUAAAUAGCCAAAGAAACACAUCUAAUGGCAGAAGAAACCGGGACAUGGGUAAUCUUCGCGGAUCUUCCCGAGAUUCUCCUAGAAGAUUUGAAGAUACUGAUUAUGGCCAUAGAAAAUAUACCAGAGAUGGUCGUUCACAGAAUUUUAGAAGCCCUGAAAGAGAAGGAUCUUUUAAGCAGAGACGAGAUAAAAGAUUUGUAGAUGAUGACAAUGGCUACAGAAGUGAUCCUAGAGGUGGUCGUUCGCAGAAUUUUAGAAGUUCCAGUAGAGAAGGGUCUCAUAAACAGAGACAAGGUAGAUAUGGUAACUAUAACAAAUCGGGGGACAGUUACUUGGAUGAUGAAAGACACAGGAGGCCCCGUGUAAACGUGAGAUAAACUUCAUCGGAUGAUCCGACUACGGCUACACUUUUUGUUACUUGUUGAUAUUCAUUUUAUCUACUGAUAAAAGGAAAGAUUAUUUGGUUGCUUUAACUUAGAAGGACAUGUUGGAGGUAGUUGUGAAGGUAGAAGUUUGCCUACGAAGUUAAUAGGCCGAGAUAAAAUCAAUGGGGAGUAGCAUUACCCUGAAAUGUAUAUAGAUAUUGUCUUUUGUUUGGGCUAUGAUGCCAGUUUAUCAUCAAUAUAUCAAUGCCAGUUUUCUGUUUGGGCUCUAA